UAGGCUUGUCUUGAUAUAUGUCUAUGGGCUUGCCUAAACAAGUCGGAUCAUUGAACUGGUUCAGAUUGGACGGCUGCUGAUGUCGUCAUAUCCGUUGCUCGAGACACUUGGCGCGGAAUCUGUUGUUUUUGCGCGACGCUUCGACGAGUGAAAUUUUAUCUCACAUUAGCACAAAUUUUUAUUGAUGGCUCCUGUCUCAAAUCCAGAUAAAGACAUGGACGGUGGAGAUUGUGAUGCGUCCGACAUGUGUGGCAUUGCCACUUCACGUUCCAGGCGGGAGAAAAAAGAGAAAGUGGGGCGCAAGUCGGCUUUAGAGCAACUUAAACGAGCCAAGAAGGGAGAGAAGGUUAAAUAUGAGGUGGAGGAGUUCACCAGCGUCUAUGAAGAGGUGGAUGAAGAGCAGUACUCAAAAAUAGUACGAAAAAGACAGGAUGAUGAUUGGAUCAUUGAUGAUGAUGGGACAGGGUAUGUUGAGGAUGGCAGAGAAAUCUUUGAUGAUGAUUUGGAUGAUGACGCAUUGGAGAAGGACCCUAAAAGCGGAAAGGCAGGGGCAGGGAAAAAAAGUCUCUGUCAGUAAACCCAACAGCAUUAAAAGCAUGUUCAUGAAUAGCAGUGUGAAGAAACCUGCUGAGAAACAUGUGGAUUUGUCUCAAGAUGAUCUGCUGGGAGAUAUUCUGCAGGACCUGCACUCUGAGAAACCAGUUUUGCUCACUCCACCACCAGUCAUUACUUUAAAGAAAAAGAAAACACUGGGAUCCCCUAUGAAUCCAUUUUCUGUCAAACCACAGGUUCCAAAGAUUUUGAUGCACACCAAAGAAAUGGUGCAGAGGAUGAAUCUAGAGGUCAUAUACGGGGAUACCGACUCCAUCAUGAUCAACACCAACAGUACCAAUCUGGAGGAGGUCUUCAAACUGGGAAACAAGGUGAAAAGCGAGGUGAAUAAACUCUAUAAGCUUCUGGAGAUUGACAUUGAUGGCGUGUUUAAGUCCCUUCUGCUGCUAAAGAAGAAGAAAUACGCGGCACUGUUGGUUGAGCCUCAGGGAGACGGCAAAUACACCACCAAGCAAGAGCUCAAAGGUCUGGACAUUGUGCGCAGAGACUGGUGUGACCUGGCCAAAGAGUGUGGCAAUUAUGUGAUUGGUCAGAUUCUGUCAGACCAGAACCGUGACACUAUUGUAGAGGACAUUCAGAAGCAUCUGAUUGAGGUUGGAGAGAAGGUGGCCAAUGGCAGUGUUCCACUCAACAUGUUUGAGAUACACAAGUCACUGACGAAGGAUCCUCAGGACCACCCUGACAAGAAGAGUCUCCCCCAUGUCCAACAGCUACAGAAAAACAGCCGGGACUCAGCCUGGACACACAGUAUUACCUGUCCCAGCAGGUGCACCCUGUGGUGGGCCGAAUCUGUGAGCCUAUUGAAGGCAUUGAUGCAGUGCUUAUUGCCACAUGGCUAGGGCUUGACCCAAGUCACUUUCGAGCUCAACAGCAGCAGCAACGUGAGGAUGAAGGGGACAACUUCCUGGGUGCUCCGGCCCAGCUCACUGAUGAAGAGCGCUACCGUGAUUGAGAGAGGUAUACUUUCACUUGUCCUGACUGUGGAACCGAAAACAUCUAUGGCAACAUGUUUUGAAGGGGCGGUUAGCUCCUUACAGCCCAGCCUGAAGAAUUGCUGCCAUAUCCCUUGUCGGAGCAGCCCUGUUGAGCAUCCUAUCCAAAUUAGCAACAAACUGCUACUGGACAUUCGGCGCCACAUCAGGAGAUACGAGUAUGGAUAAAUUAUUAUUGUAAUGCACCACUUAUGUGUGUUAGAUUGGCCACUGCAGGUGUAGUGGAUAAGGUGUUUCAUAAUAAGUAGUCUUAACUAAUAAAUACCUAUUUGCACUACAGUUUUUCAAAUCGCUGGAGAAAAUCCACACCAGAUGUGUUGUUGUUGUUAUUAUUAUUAGUAGUAUUAUUUUGAUACCAAUCUAUCAGUAGACCCAGUACUCAAAAUAAUAGCCAGCAUACAUCCAGUGUUGUAGUUGAGUCACCAACCGUCGAGUCCGAGU